AGAUAGUGGGCUUUUUUCUCCAGCUGACAGAUGGUGAUACUGAGGCUUUCCUGGCACCAACAGUGUUUUGUAAGGAGUUAAUUUUUAGAGAGGAUAAGAGGCAGAAGGGCCAAAAUGUUUAAUUUGGAACAGCUACAGCUCUGACUUGCCAGUCGGGUUCAUACAGCUGAACACAGGAAAUCUCUUGAAUCAGCCACUGAUACUAGCUGUUAUCCCUACUGUGAAGAGCGGAACUUCACGGGGACUGUUCAGCUGUGAUCAUUAGGACUACAUACUGGGCUGACUCAUGGAAAAGAAGAUUGUGGCAAACAGUUAAAGAUUCUACCCAGGAACAGUCUCAAUAGCAUUUAGGCUGUGACAACCCCAAAGGAAUUUCCCUGCUGAACUUGUUCUGCAGUGAAUUGAUAACUCUGGCUGAAUUGUGAACUCUGGCAUGCUGGAGCCAAACUGCCACCAAGCAGAGUGGAAACCUGGAGAGUCUCACAGCUCCCUAUGGCAGAACCUGGCUGACUCACUGGAAGUGAUGCGUUCACUCUUGGGUGACGAGAGGGUCCUUUGUGCAGCUCCACGGCCUGUUUAUCCAUGGAGUUUUAUCUCCAGAGGAACCCACUCACCUGCCAUUCCUGUUGGAGAAUCUGUCUAUGACCUCCUCCCAAAGGAGUUGCAGUUACCGCCUUCCAGAGAAACAUCUGUAGCAUCCAUGAGCCAAACAAGUGGUGGUGAGGCAGGUUCGCCUCCUCCAGCUGUAGUUGCUGCUGAUGCUUCUUCAGCUCCCUCUUCCUCCAUGGGCGGUGCUUGCAGCUCCUUUACCACCUCUUCUAGUCCUACCAUUUACUCUACCUCAGUCACCGACAGCAAGGCUAUGCAAGUGGAGAGCUGCUCCUCAGCCGUGGGGGUAAGUAACCGAGGGGUAAGUGAAAAGCAGUUAACCAGUAAUACAGUCCAGCAGCAACAGUCAAUGCCGAAGAGACAUACAGUCCUGUACAUCUCACCACCACCUGAGGAUUUGCUGGAUAACAGUCAGAUGUCCUGCCAAGAUGAAGGGUGUGGAUUGGAAUCAGAGCAGAGCUGCAUUAUGUGGAUGGAGGAUUCCCCCUCCAACUUCAGUAACAUGAGCACCAGUUCCUACAAUGAUAACACUGAGGUGCCACGUAAAUCACGCAAACGAAAUCCAAAGCAGAGGCCAGGGAUCAAACGUCGAGAUUGUGAGGAUCCAGCAUGGAUAUAUUGAUGCCGACAGUGCCAAGCGCCUCACUAUGUCCUUUCUCAGCUCAGCACGGACAGCAAAGGCAACUCAAAAGCAGGAAAUGGAGCAUCAGAAAACCAGAAAGGAGCCGGAGGGAAGAAGAGCCCGUAUGUUGUCCGGUCAGUAUCCUACUAAAGUGAAGGCAAGGAGCUGAAGAGUGUACAGCCAGAAACCCAGCACAGAGCUCGGUACUUGACUGAGGGCAGCCGAGGCUCAGUGAAAGACCGGACACAACAAGGUUUUCCAACUGUAAAGCUGGAAGGUCACAAUGAGCCAGUGGUUCUGCAAGUGUUUGUGGGUAAUGACUCUGGUCGAGUGAAGCCACAUGGGUUCUACCAGGCCUGCAGAGUAACUGGGCGAAACACUACUCCCUGCAAAGAGGUGGUAGAGGGUACUACAGUUAUAGAGGUUGGCCUUGACCCUAGCAACAACAUGACGCUUGCGGUUGAUUGUGUAGGAAUACUGAAGUUGAGAAAUGCAGACGUUGAAGCUCGAAUAGGGAUUGCUGGUUCCAAGAAAAAAAGCACCCGUGCCAGAUUGGUGUUUCGUGUAAACAUCACUCAGAAAGAUGGCUCAACUUUAACGCUCCAGACACCCUCCUCUCCAAUUUUAUGCACUCAACCAGCUGGCGUGCCAGAGAUCCUCAAGAAAAGUCUGCACAGCUGUUCAGUAAAGGGGGAAGAGGAAGUCUUUCUGAUUGGCAAGAACUUUCUUAAGGGAACAAAAGUGAUCUUCCAAGAGAAUAUUUCUGAUGAAAACUCUUGGAAAGCAGAAGCUGAAAUAGACAUGGAAUUAUUUCAUCAGAAUCAUCUUAUUGUGAAGGUGCCACCAUACCAUGACCAGAAAAUAACCUCAUCUGUUUCUGUGGGGAUAUAUGUGGUGACUAAUGCUGGAAGAUCACAUGAUGUGCAGUCAUUUACAUACACUCCAGAUACAUCUGGUACUCUGAAUGUUAAUGUGAAGAAAGAAAUCUCCAGCCCAGCACAGCCUUGUUCUUUUGAAGAGGCUAUAAAAGCAGUAGGCGCCACUGGCUGUAACCUGGAUAAAGUAAAUAUUCUCCCUAGUGCCUUGAUAACUCCACUUAUGCCGACCAGUGUGAUUAAGAAUGAAGAUGUGGCUCCAAUGGAAGUUACAGCCGAAAAAAGAUCUCCCACGAUUUUCAAGGCUACAAAGGUGGUUGGACCAACUCAACAAACAUUAGAAAAUAUGUCCAGCAUAUCAGGAAAUGGAAUCUUUUCAACUGCUGCUUCUCAUUUACCUUCUGAGUGUGAAAAACAGCAGCAGAUACAGCCUAAAGUGUAUAAUCCAGAGACUCUGACUACUAUCCAAACGCAGGACAUUUCACAGCCUGGUAGCUGUCCAGCUGUCUCUGCUCCCAGCCAACUGCAGAAUAGUGAUGCACUAUUGCAACAAGCGGCACAGUUCCAAACUAGAGAGUCCCAAUCCAGAGAGGUGUUACAAUCAGACAGCACUGUAGUUACUUUGUCACAGUUAACUGAGGCUUCGCAGCAACAACAGUCAACAUUAUCAGAACCAGCACAGACACUACAGCAACAAAUUUCAUCAAGUAUUUUCUCACCAGCAAACAGUGUGAGUCAGUUACAGAACACUAUACAACAACUGCAAGCUGGCAAUUUUCCAGCCAGCACUGCCAGUGGAAGCAGUGGAGAUGUUGAUUUGGUCCAGCAAGUCCUGGAAGCUGAACAGCAGUUAUCUUCUGUUUUGUUUUCUGGGUCAGACAGUAGUGAGGAUGUUCAAGAGCAGCUCAGUGCAGACAUUUUUCAGCAAGUUGGUCAAAUCCAAACCCGUGUAACUCCUGGGAUAUUUUCCUCAUCAGAGACAGCAGUCCAUUCCAGGCAAGAGAAUCUUUUGUCUGGAAGAGCUGAAAAUGUACAUCCACAGCCUGAGAACUCAUUGACCAAUCAGCAGCAGCAGCAGCAGGCAAUGGAGACUUCUGCAGCAAUGGUGAUUGGAAUGCAGCAAAGUAUGUGCCAGGCUGCAACACAGAUGCAGUCGGAUCUGUUCUCCUCAGCAGCUUCGGGAAAUGGAAACCUCCAGCAGUCCCCUGUUUACCAGCAAGCUUCCCACUUGCUAAGUGGGCUAUCAACAAGCGAAGACAUGCAGAUGCAAUGUGAGUUAUUCUCUUCAUCUUCUGGUGUUUCAGGAAAUGAAACUACUACUGCUCAGCAGCAAGUCUCGACAAAUGGCUCUACCAUGUUUCAGACAUCGAGUUCUGCAGAUGGAAAAGAAGCUUCUGGACAGAAUAAACAGAUGCAAAACAAUGUGUUUCAGACCAUGGUUCAGAUGCAACACAGUGGGGAAAGUCAGCCUCAAGUUAACCUUUUUUCAUCUACGGAAAACAUGAUGGCCGUUCAGGCAGGUGGAACUCAACAGCAGGGAGCUGGACUGUUCCAGCAAGGUGGGGAAAUUAUGUCUCUUCAGUCAGGGAGUUUCAUGCAGCAGUCCCCACAUUCACAGGCUCAACUUUUUCACUCUCAGAAUCCCAUUGGUGAUGCUCAAAAUAUAUCCCAGGAAAGACAAGGGUCUAUUUUUCAUAGUCCAAAUUCCAUUGUCCACAAUCAGACCACUUCUUCUUCUUCGGACCAAUUGCAGCCUCCAAUGUUCCACUCCCAGAACACAAUGGGUGUAUUGCAGAGCUCUUCUGUACCUCAAGACCAGCAAUCAGCCAAUAUGUUCCUUUCCCAGAAUUCAAUGAACAAUCCUGUAACUCAAGAAGAACAGAUGUCAUUCUUUACAACACAGAAUUCCAUUUCUCCACUUCAGACAGCCACAAACACUGAGCAACCUUCUUUCCAGCAGCAGGCACAGAUACCCCACAUUCAGAACCCUAUGAUUCCCCAGGAUCAACCCCAAGCUCAGCCCACUCAGCAGGUGUUUCAGCCACAAGUAUCAUUAGGCUCCCUCCAAUCUAGUACAAUGCCCCAGAACCAACAAGGGGCUAUCUUCCAGUCUCAACAUUCAAUGGUUGCUAUUCAAAGUAGCCCUCCAUCCCAAGAACAGCAGCAAAAGCAACACAAAACCCAUCCCAAAAAAAAAAAAUCAAAAAAAAAAAAAACAGCAGACAUGAUGUUCAGUACUCAGAAUACGAGUACAGUUGCUUCUCAGAAACACUUUGAUUUCAACCCAAAUCAAAAUCCAAUCACUAAUCAGGAGCAGCAGAAUCAAUCUCUUCAUGCACAAUCCAAUAUGGCGCCAAUGAAUCAAGAUCAACAGCCCAUGCAGUUCCAGAGUCAAACAACAGUGACUCCACUUCAGAAUCCUGGGUCCAGCCAGCCAGAGACACAGCAGCCCACCAUGUCAAACUCACCCCAGAUUCAGUUGGUUCAAGGAUCACCAGGUUCUCAAGAGCAGCAAGUCACCCUCUUCAUCUCUUCAGCUUCCAUGUCUGCCUUGCAGAAUAGCAUGAGCCAGCAAGAGCUGCAGCAGUCUCCCAUCUAUUCUCAGAACAAUAUGACAGGUAUUCAAGGAGCUGCUUCUCCUGCACACAACUCUUCUUUGUUUCACAAUACAACCGGAAGUGCUAUCAACCAGCUGCAGAAUUCUCCUGCUUCAUCUCAACAGACUUCAGGAAUAUUCCUAUUUGGGAUUCAAAAUAACUGUGGCCAGCUCUUAACCUCUGGACCAUCUGCAUUGCCAGAUCAGCUGAUGGCUAUAAGUCAGCCAGGUCAGCCACAGAGUGAGGGGCAACCUGCAGUGACAACACUUCUGUCCCAGCAGAUAUCUGAGAAUUCUCCACUACCUUCAUCUAUGACAACUAAUCAGUGUAUAGAGAAAAUAGAUGACUUGCUUGUGUCAUUACAAAACCAGGGGAACAACAUGGCUGGCUCAUUUUAAUUGGCCAAAAAUUCUGUGAAGGAAAAGAUGAUUUCCAAGAUCCCCUCAGACCUUGUGGCUCUGGAUUAGGGUUUAUGGAGCUGAACUGUUCUGUUAAAGAAUGGCCUAUACCCAAGCAAAUGUGUAGACUUCACUCCUUUUCUAAAGAGCACAUAUGCUGCCUACUGCAGUGUCUAGCAAUUGAGGCUAUAAUGAUAGCAUUUGAGACUCCUGAAGCCAAUAAUGGCUGAAAAGCUGUGCUUUGUGUUACAGGGGGUGGAACUGAACGGUUACCACAUUCCUAGGCCCCAUUAGUCAAUGGGCUGCUAUUUUAAUUCAAAGCAUGACUGCUCAGCUAUUAUUGUUAGAAAAUAACACAUUAUCAUGUUUACUUUUUCUUUUCUUCCCUUUCUCCUUCACAACCCCUCUGUCGAGUUGGAAAGCUUGUGAAGCAGUACCAUCGUGUGCCCUAGCUUGCGCUGUGAUUCGUGGCAUAGCUGUCAGUAGAGCUAAAGGACCAUUGCAGGGAUGUGUUAAUCACAGCUGCUGCUGCUGCUGGUGGUGGUGGUGAUGUAUAUAAUAUACAACCAGAAAAUCUGCUACAAUUCUAGGAGCAGCCAGAGAGAUGCGGGUGCUUCCCAUCUGAGGGUGUGAUUAACAGCUGUCUGUCUGUACUGAUGGUUUUAGAUAUAAACGGCAAAGAGUAAGAAUUAGGUGGCUCUGUCCAAAUGAAGGGAAAAGUCACAGUAAAUUGUGUUCUAAAAUCCUACCUUCUAAAAUAACUUCAACUGAAGAGAGCCAUCUGCCUAGCUGAGCAAACAGCUUAAUGCCUCUCACUGUUUUGGCAUAGAUUAGAACUUGAACAUUAUUCCUUCUCAUGCCAGGCUGCCCUCUUUCAUUCUUCCCAUGCUCUUCCCGCCCUCCUCCUAAUUGUAUAUAGUUGGUUUCCUAAGCAAAUACAAAGAUGCUACUGGUUUUAGAAACUGAAGUAACUCUUAGGUGUCCAAGGCACCUCUCACUGUGGUAUCAAAAUGCCAAGCCAGUGGCUGCAUCUAUGGGUAUGGCUACACUUGCAGCUGUACAGCGCUGGGAGUUACAGCUGUCUUCGUACAGCUGUGUAGGGACAU